AUGUCAAACUACUCUAACAUCGACACACACUCGCACGGGGUGGCGGGGCAGGGCCAGGCCACAGUGCUCUGUUGCAACUGUGGUGUUCCCAUGGACGGAUCCACGGGAUUGGUGAUGUGCUACGACUGCAUCAAGCUGAACGUGGACAUCACGAACGGAAUCCCAAGAGAGGCGAAUUUGAGUUUCUGCAGAAACUGCGAGCGGUUCCUCCAGCCGCCGACAAACUGGAUCAAGGCGGAGUUGGAGUCGAGAGAGUUGCUAGCACUCUGUCUCAGAAGAUUGAAAGGGUUGAACAAGGUGCGGUUGAUCGACGCUGCGUUCAUCUGGACGGAGCCGCACUCGAGAAGAGUCCGGGUGAAGUUGACGGUGCAGGGGGAGGCGUUCUCGAACGCCAUCAUACAGCAGAGCUUCGAGGUGGAGUACGUGGUCAUCGCGAUGCAGUGUCCGGACUGCGCCAAGUCGUACACGGCCCACACGUGGAACACCGCGGUGCAGAUCAGACAGAAGGUUCCGCACAAGAGAACGUUCUUGUACUUGGAGCAGUUGAUUCUCAAGUACAACGCUCACGUGGACACGAUCUCGAUCAAGGAGAACAAGGACGGGUUGGACUUCUACUACGCGAAGCAGAACCACGCCGUCAAGAUGUUGGACUUCCUCAACUCCACCGUGCCAAUGAAGUCCAAGAAGUCGGAGGAGUUGAUCACGGCGGACAUCCACUCCGGCACCUCCGUCUACAAGUUCUCGUACUCGGUCGAAAUCGCCCCCAUCUGUAAGGACGACCUGGUCAUCCUUCCAGCCAAGUUGGCCAAGUCCAUGGGCAACAUCUCGCGGUUGGUGUUGUGCUCCAAGAUCACCAACUCCAUCCAGUUCAUAGACCCGGCCAACUUGCACAUAGAAGAUAUGCAGGCCACCGUGUACUGGCGUUGGGGCUUCCAGUCGCUUGCCGACGUGACCCAGCUUGUCGAGUUCAUGGUCUUGGACGUCGAGCCGACGGGGGAGAGAAGAGGCAAAUACUUGAUGGCCGACGUGACGUGUGUCCGGGCCAGCGACAUGGGCGGGUCCUCGAACGAAGAGUUCUACAUCAGAUCGCACUUGGGGGGGCUUCUCCAUCCGGGAGACUCUGCCAUGGGCUACUACUUGAAGAACUCGAACUUCAACAGCGAUCUCUUUGACGAGUUGGACGCAGACAACGUUGUCGACGUUGUCCUCGUGAAGAAGCACUACCUCAGAUCCAACAAGCGCACCAAGAACAGACACUGGAAGUUGAAGAGAAUGGCGAACGAGAGAAAGGACAUUGUCGCCACCGAGGUGUUGGACUCCAGACAGGCCAAGCAAGAACAGGAGCGUGCAGAGAGAGAUUACGAGUUGUUCUUGCAAGAGUUGGAGGAGGACGAGGAGCUCAGACAGAACAUCAACUUGUACAAAUCCGACAAGGUGCCCAAGCCAGUCAACCCCGACGAUAUGGUCGACGAGGAUGCCGACGCUGAGGAUGACGAUGCUCCUCAAAUUGACAUAGACGAGUUGUUGGACGAGUUGGACGAGAUGAACUUAGAAGACUGA